AUGGAAUGCUUAAGGGAAAAGUUCUACGAUAGAGUUGUGCUCGAUGGACGUUUUGAGACAGUUGCUCCCCUCAAUCAUGGAUCGUUUGGUAUGGUCUUUAUGGCCAAGGACCUGACAACAAAUGAAUUUGUUGCUAUCAAGUGCUUGACAAAGAAGUCCGCAACCACGGACUCAGACUGCUCCUUUGCUGUUGAUGAGCGUUCUGAAGAACUCGCCUGCCAUGCCCGCCUCGGUUCGCACGCCAACAUAGUCAAUCUGAUUCACUCCUUCGAGACAGAUGCACACAUCUACAUCGUCCUCGAGUUUUGCUCGCGGGGGGACUUGUAUGAAGCCAUUCGAACUGGAACUGGACCGUUGGAGACCGAACAUGUCCGCCAAUUUAUGCUCCAGCUUGUUGAUGCUGUUGCGUACAUCCACGCCAAGGGCAUGUACCACAGAGAUAUCAAACCUGAGAACAUCUUCCUGACUCAAUCGGGAGAGAUGAAGCUAGGUGAUUUCGGUCUUGCUACCACGGAGACUUGGACCUACGAGACUACUGUUGGUAGUGACCGUUACAUGUCUCCGGAACAAUACGACUCUGCAGGUGCCGGCUAUGCACCCGAAAAGGCCGAUAUCUGGGCCAUUGGUAUCUGCUUGCUCAACAUUCUCUUCUCUCGAAACCCGUUCACAACUCCCACCGAGUCGGAUCCCUUGUUCUUGGAUUUCUCUCGAGACAAGCAAUCACUCUUCGAUGUCUUCCCGACAAUGUCCCAAGACACGUAUGAAGUUAUUGCCCAAUGCAUGAGUUUGGAUCCACGCAAACGAUCCCUCCAAGCUGCUCGUGAGGCCCUCGAGCGUGUUGUCAGUUUCACCACAUUCGACGAGUCGUUGGACGAUUUCUGCUCUGCCGAGAGACGAGGCAUCGCCAGUGCCAACCGGGAGCCACUCCGAACACCCUCGAUUCAGAGCCCGCAAAUGGACACUGGCUCUUUCCCAUGGGCCAAGGCCUUACAUGCUAGCCCACCUCAACAGUUCCGACAACUUUCUGCCAUCCUCGACGACGAGAGCUACGAGUCUGAAGAUCUCUUCCCCAGCUCGGAAGAAAGCAACAAGGACUGGUUCUCAGUGGGUCAACAAACUCCCUCUAUGGCAUCGAUCCUGGACUCUUCUCUCGCUUCCAUGCGAUCCCUUGCCAUCCGACGACCAUUCAAGACCAGUCCGCCCAAGGCAAGCCUCACUCCCAUCUCCGGCUCGUUGCCAAUCAAUAUGUCGAAGCCAAAGCCGCUACCAUCAAUGGCAUCAAUUUUCGGCAAGAAGACCGAGGUCGUCUCGAAGAGUUGGAGUGAUCUGUGGGAUGAGGACAUUGAAGAGGAGGAGGAGGAGGCCGAGAAACAGCUUAAAGCACGACAGAUGCAAAACGCGAGGACCUGGAGUCAUGAGAGCAAGAAUGAAGAUGAUACGAUCCGUCAAGGAGGACCUUUGGAGCCCAAGAGCUCAUCACUUGUAAAUAUUGCGAAG